GGCGCGACAGAGAGUGCCGGGCGACUGCGGCCGCCGGCUCCGCCGACGUGAUCUGCGACGGUGCUGCCACCUCUGAGGAGCCGUGCGAAAUGACCAGCUGCACGAGCCUUGAGGGGUGGAAUCAAUGGUCCGUGUGGAGCCUGUGCGACGCACGCGGCGAGCAGCACCGCGCCCGCCACUGCAUGGUCUCGGAGCCGGGCGGCGAGCUGUGCCAGGGCGAAGACCGCCAGGCCCGGCUCUGCGUCGACACCGGCGACGAGAGCGUACUGUUGGCGGCCACGGGCACCGCGCCGGCCAUCGGCACCGGCCGCAUGGUGGCCGCCUGCCUCGGCUGCUUCUGCACCGGCGCCCUGCUGGCGACCGUCUGCACGUACUACCACCUGACGCGGCGGCGCCACCCGGGCGUGCGCUCCUCUAAGUACUACGACGCGCUGCCGAAGGCGGUCAGCCCCAACGCGUACGUGACGGUGCGCGGCGUGCCGGGCGUGCACGAGCUGGCCGAGCUGAAGAACGGCCGCCGCCGCAACGGCUCGGUCAAGGGCGGCGAGCUGGUCUCGGAGAAGACGGCCACCAUCCGCCGCAGCGGCAGCACCCGCUACAACCCGGUGAGCGCGGCCGAGCUGCGCGCCAACCUCGCCUCGGACGCCAUCUAUUGAGCACCGUGCUCCCGCGGAGCACAGCCUCGAGUACAAAACGCGUGCAGGCGCCGCGACAGACGUGAAACGCUUCGCGGCCCGCUGAUGUGUGUUCUGUGAGUGCGUGUGGUGCGGCGCGCAGUGUGGCGUGAGCGAUUUGUGAUCAUUGUUUUCAUUGUGACUCGUGUUUGCAGGUCAUUUCAUCUUCGUAAAUGUGGACGAUUAACAUUGCGCGGUGAUGGCACGGGUGCCUGCCAUAACACUUUUGCUGCACAGGGCUGGGCUCUGCAGGGCUCGCGUUCGCGCGGGGUCUCUUCAGCCCCGCACAAGACUUGCGAACAAAUGACGUCAGCGGUUGCGCUUGGUUUGAAAUGCAAGUCGUUUCAAGCCGAAGCGCAGAGCCGGCUGAGUUUUCCGAUCAUGCUUUUGAUGGCGGUUCAUCUUUGCCGUCAAGUGGAGAUGCCUCUUAUUCUACAUCGGAUAGCAACGCUGCGUCACAGUUGUGCCGAUGACGAUCCACGUCAUCGUGAGACAGCAGCCCGGGCCAGGCCGCCACACGUCGCGGAAAGGCGGGCCGGCAGGCAUCACUAGCAUUUUGAGGUAAAUGUGGAUCGGUGUGUAGGUGCCAAUUGAGAUGCGUGGCGUGUUCCGUCUGGGGGCACGAGGAACCUGGUGUUGUCGGCGGCACGGGAGCCGCCCGUGCCGUGCUCCUGUUUCCCAAUGCUGUUGCUCGACGCUCUCAGUGUCGCCCCCAAUCACGUGAUGCUGAAAUACACCGGAUGAGAUUAUU